CUUAGAUUCAGUAAUUCAGCCUUUGUAACUUCUCCAACAUCCCAAGGGUUACUGAAAGAGAUAAUCGUGCACCUUUUCCUUACAUAUAGGGGAAGCACCGCCUCCGUUGCCCAAAGUAAAGAUGGUUCUUACACCACGAAGAACGCAGGCUGGGGCCCUAACCAAAGAUGGCGGAUCCAGCAUCGGGGCGAGUGCGAACCGCACUGCACUUGAGGUCGCUCGACCUCGAGUGCAGGAAACCACCAACGGUGCCCACCUCAAACAUGGCCGCCCCCGCUAUAGCGAGUGGAGGAGCUACCCACAACCAAGAUGGCCGCAGCACUUCACCGGCGACUGGUUCUCGGAGGCGCCAAUCCCGACUCCAAGAUGGCGGAGCGCCGUCGGCGUGAGGUGAGGUUUGUCUGCGUCACGUGACAGGCAGGACGGGGGUGUGUGUAUCCCCGUCGUGUGUCCCGGCGGAAGAGUGAAGGGAGUCGGCUGAAAGGUCGCAGCUGGAGGGAAAGGGAAAACAAAGCGGCGCGGCCUAGCGCUGGAGAACCGGAGACACGCCAGUCACCACGGAUACAGCCGGAGCCAACGCGGCGGCCGGGGCGCAGCCACCCUCGCUGCCUCCGCCGCCUCCUCCGCCGAGGAUGUCGCGUAGGAAGAGGAACGCAGGCAGCAGUUCUGACGGAACCGAAGACUCCGAUUUCUCCACGGACCCAGAGCAUACAGACAGUUCAGAAAGUGACGGGACGCCACGCCAGUCUGCGCGUGUGACUCGCUCUUCCGCCAGGCUCAGCCAGAGCUCCCAAGAUUCCAGCCCUGUUCGCAACCCACCAUCGUUUGGAGCAGAGGAGCCUGUUUAUUCCACCCGGAGGGUAACCCGUAGCCAGCAGCAACCCACACCCGUGACUCCCAAGAAAUAUCCCCUUCGACAGACCCGCUCGUCAGGAUCUGAAACGGAGCAAGUGGUUGACUUUUCAGAUAGAGACACUAAAAACGCCGCUGACCACGAUGAGUCGCCACCCCGCACGCCGACUGGGAACGCCCCGUCUUCCGAGUCCGACAUCGACAUCUCCAGCCCCAACAUGUCUCACGAUGAGAGUAUCGCCAAGGAUAUGUCCAUGAAGGAUUCGGGGAGUGACCUGUCCCAUCGUCCCAAACGCCGCCGAUUCCACGAGAGCUACAACUUCAACAUGAAAUGCCCGACGCCCGGCUGUAAUUCAUUAGGACACCUGACGGGAAAACACGAGCGGCAUUUCUCCAUAUCUGGAUGCCCACUGUAUCAUAACCUUUCAGCGGACGAAUGCAAGGUGAGAGCGCAGAGCCGCGAUAAACAAGUUGAGGACAGAAUGCUGUCUCACCGGCAAGAUGAUAACAACAGGCAUGCUACCAGACAUCAGGCACCAACUGAAAGACAGCUAAGGUACAAAGAGAAAGUAGCGGAGAUGAGGAAGAAGAGGAAUGCUGGGCUGACUAAGGAGCAGAAGGAAAAGUACAUGGAGCACCGGCAAACCUACGGCAACACCAGAGAGCCCCUUCUAGAGAAUCUGACCAGUGAGUACGACCUCGAGUUAUUCCGACGAGCGCAAGCAAGAGCUUCUGAGGAUCUGGUAAGAGGACUGGGCUGGGAAAAGCUGCGACUUCAGGGCCAGAUCACGGAAGGGAGCAACAUGAUCAAGACGAUUGCUUUUGGCCGCUAUGAGCUGGACACAUGGUACCAUUCUCCCUACCCAGAGGAGUAUGCGCGACUGGGGCGCCUCUACAUGUGCGAGUUCUGCCUCAAAUACAUGAAGAGCCAGACGAUACUACGCAGGCACAUGGCGAAAUGUGUCUGGAAGCAUCCUCCGGGUGACGAAAUUUACCGUAAAGGCUCCAUUUCGGUGUUUGAAGUCGAUGGGAAAAAGAACAAGAUCUACUGUCAGAACCUCUGCCUUCUGGCAAAGCUCUUUUUGGACCACAAGACCCUGUAUUACGAUGUGGAGCCCUUCCUCUUCUACGUCAUGACGGAAGCCGACAACACCGGCUGUCACCUGAUAGGCUAUUUCUCCAAGGAGAAGAACUCAUUCCUCAACUACAACGUUUCCUGUAUCCUGACGAUGCCUCAGUACAUGAGGCAGGGUUACGGCAAAAUGCUCAUCGACUUCAGCUAUUUACUCUCCAAAGUGGAAGAAAAGGUUGGCUCCCCAGAAAGGCCCCUCUCAGACCUGGGCCUUAUUAGCUACCGUAGUUACUGGAAGGAAGUUCUUCUCCGCUAUCUGCAUAACUUUCAAGGCAAAGAGAUCUCCAUUAAAGAAAUCAGCCAGGAGACAGCCGUCAACCCUGUUGACAUUGUUAGCACUCUGCAAGCGCUUCAGAUGCUCAAGUAUUGGAAGGGCAAACACCUAGUCUUAAAGAGGCAGGAUCUUAUCGACGAAUGGAUAGCCAAAGAGGCCAAGCGGUCUAACAGCAAUAAAAGCAUGGAUCCCAGCUGUUUGAAAUGGACCCCUCCUAAGGGCACUUAAUUUGACCCAACCUCUCUUGAGAAGUGUGGACACCUCCCCGCCGCCGACCACCACAACCACCACAUAACCCCCUUUCCUUUUCCAGCAUUAGGAACUGCCUUUGGGAUCGCAGAUUUGUGACUUGCUGUUGGUACCAACCCUCCCCGCCCCUCUUUCACAUUCCUUCAGGAUGUUUCUCUUCUCCCCGGGACCGUUUUGACCCAGGUCCUUCCUCCGCACGGCAAGGUCGGGAAGAUAAGAUCAGAACGGAUACAGUGUUAAUGUGGCCCCGGGAAGGGGCAGUAAGAUCUUCCAGCGCACCGUUUCAACUUGCCGCUCCGUGAACCACAAGGCCCUAGUCCAUAAGAUGGUGUCGUAACUCGUAAUUUCUUAGUUGUUUCAGCCUCCUGCUUCCAUGCAGCCUUGAAGGGCCUGGUUGGCACCUGCUGUGAGGUGGUGAAGGUCCUGCACGAUACAGAGGGCUGUACUGUUUCAGAUUGCAAGUGUGGGGCACCGCGAUUCCCCUUGCAAAGAAUUCCCUUUCAGUGGAAAACCAGCAGUGACAGGGAUAAAGAUUCUAGCAGGCUCUCUAUCUCCUGUCCUAGGUUUCUACUCACGGGGGGGGGGGGGGGGGUUAAUACAAAGGAGAGCAUUCGGAAUCAAUUAUCUCCCAUCAGUCAUAUGAAAUUUUGGUCCAGUCCAUUCUACCCCACAUUCCCACCCCCCUCUUAUUCUGCUGCACCUUUGGAUCCGGCCUAAAGGUGGGUUUGUGGGACCAUCCCCCCCUCCCCGUCACUCUGCAAGUGGAAAUGAUCAGACACCCCCUUGGGCUCCUUUGAGACCAUCAAUUUCUCAUACGUGUUUGCAGGUCUGAGCGCUAACUGGAUAUUGCACACCAAGCGUGUGCAAACAGCAGUUAUUUCUUCCUUCCCAGCAGGCCAGGAAAUCUCUGGGAGGCUCUGACUGAAUGUGGGGACGCCCUUUGGCUGCUUCCCCUUCCCUUCCCCCGAAAAGUUUGAACGUUUAGGCCCUGCUGCUAUCUCUGUGGGCCACACAGCUGAGUUCCCAGUGGGGGAAAGCGGCCUAACGGAAAAAAAGCACCACUUCCCUCACUCCUGCAGUAGUUGUGCCCUUGCCCAGUGUCGCCUAACAUGGAGCUCCUUGCUCUUCCUCGCAGCUGCUUUUGAGUGCUCUGACCACAAACCCUUCUGAAGAGCCAGCUAUAACUGUUCCUUUGCAGGAAGAGAAAUGGCAGGACCAGCAGCCCUUACCAGCCCCCUUGUCCUGGUGCCUCCUCACUGCUUCUGGCCUUUUUUGUCCUUUGAGCUUCCACCCCCUCCGAAAGAAACCUGCACCUGACAGGCCAAGGAGCCGCACCGCAGCGGCUGCUCAGAGAGCACUGCCAGCCGGACGGCGCUCCUUUUGCCAGCCCAGCUUUGGCGCUACUUUGAAUUGCCAGAUCUAGGCGGGAGUUAGCUGCAGUCGGCUGGCUUGCCUUCAUGCGGUGGUAGUUUAGUUCCCGCCGAUACGUUUUGGCUCCUUUUGCAGUCCACACUCCUGCAUCUCUUGAACCCUCUGUGCUCAUCCGGGAACAACCCUGGACCUUUUCCCACCUCCAUUCUGGCCGAGGCAAACAGCCGUUGUUUUUAAAGGAUUGCCAGGGGGAAACCAGCUUCCAUUUUCCAGAAAGUGUGCUUAUUUCACCCAUGGAUUGCAAGAGCCCCUAAGGGCCACCACGGCCAGGCAGCCUACCCCAUUCAUUUCUGACCUUCUCUACUGGUUUUGUUUGAUGGUCUCGUAGAAGCAUGAGGUCCCCCAGAAAGGCUGGGUUUCUCCCCCACUUCUGGGAUGCUGUACCUGGUUGCAUGUGGGUCCUCAUCCCAAGACAAAUUCGCCCUUAGAAAAAUUGUGAAAAUAGUUCCAAGAGCCUGGAAAGUGUGUGUGCAAGCACACAUAGCACCAGUUUGACACAAAUAAUGGGUGUGCCCCUUUUCAAGGGGAGCCCUCCCAUCUUUUAAGUGAUCGUCACUCCCCGGCUUGGGAUGGAAACCCUUGCCUGAGCUGUGUGGCACUUGUUCCCAAGAACUGGGAGGGGAAAGGCAGGGAGCUUGUGCGGUAGCUGGACCUGAUGGGCUGUCUGUUAAGGGGGAGGGUGCUUGACCGUUUUAAAAUGUCUUGUAAAGUCAGAGAUGGGGACUGCAGCUCCCAUCAACCCCAUGCUUAGGGGAUGAUGGGAUUAGCCACAGGUUCCCCAUCCCUGCUCUAGGUAUUAAGCUCACAAAUUCGCCUUAAGUGUUCAGAGACCAAAGGGAAGCCUCCACCGAGCACACUUUGCCUAACCUUGCUGUUCACAGAGAGGAAAAGCUGCAGCCAGAGAGGUCUCUUUCCUUACAGAGUCAGAAACCUCUUGACAGGUUUGCUCUUUGAAGGUUUGUGCCCCUCACAUGCCAUUGGCGUGCUUUCAGAAUUGCGAAUCGUCGGGUGGCAUUUGCCCUGUGCUGCUUCCGGCUAUCUUUUGUGUAGGGCAGAGUCGCCUGGUGACACCCCACCAUUUGGAGGGCCAAAAGCCCACUCCCUUGAAUGCAGAAGUGCUUUUGCACAAAGCCAAGGGUCUGAGGGCAUGUCAUGAGCCACAGACCAAGCUGGGCUGUGUGUGUCACAUGCAGCACAACCAAAGAGGCCACAAAGGAGACUGGGGUGUGUGUGUCUGUGUGUGUGCAAGUCACAUAUUUGCCCCCCCCCCCGCACCACCUCACUCCGGGUUGCAUCUUAGUACUGUUUGUCAUCCCUAGAACAUAAUUUUCUUUCCUUCCUAGAGAUUACCUUGUACCUUUGGACCUUGGGGAUGCCUGGCCAGAGAGCGCAGUGUGUUUUCACCUGUCUUUCAGACUGCCGUCAGUCGGAUGGAUGUGUUACGAUCCAUUUCCAGCAAGUCUGGUUUUCGAUUGUAAGGUUUGGCAAACAAAACAAAACCCUUCCAACUCGACGCAAAACACCCUGAGGGCAUAAAUAGCCAUCCUUUCGCCAUGUCUUUGGCCUCUAGCCUGCUGCGUGUGUGGAACACAACCUCUUUGUUUCUAGCUGAACUUCUCCCCCCCCCCCCCAAAAAAAAAGAAACGCCUCUCCUUGUCUCCCAUCUUGGGACAAAAUGGAUUCCAGUUGAAAGCCGAUCCCUCUAGCACAGAUCUUUCCGCAAGCACUCCUGUGGUUGGCUCUCGUGUUUGGUUUUGUCUUUUCAUUGCCAUCCUAAAUCUGCCAAAGUUUAGAUUUCUGUGCACAUUACUGGCAAGUGUCAUCCAGCACCCUCAGCUUCUAGUUUUUAGCAAAUGGUGAGGUGGCGCCCUCUCAGGUGGGGAGGGGAGGUUGGCCAUUCUUGUACAGAAGUGAAUCUCUGUUUCCUGGAUAUGUUAGAAUAUGCUACCAGUGUAUCUACUUCUCAAUAAAGCAUGUUCUCUGCUCUAGUA